AUGGUGGAGCACAUUCGGUCCAUGAUCCGCUUUCGCGGCGGGCCGAUCAGCGUGGCCGACUACAUGGAGCAGGUGCUGACAAGCAGCAGUGCGGGCGGGUAUUACAUGCACAGGGACGUGUUCGGCCGGGAGGGCGACUUCAUCACGUCGCCUGAAAUCAGCCAGAUGUUCGGCGAGAUGGUGGCGGUGUGGGCCAUGAUGGCAUGGCAGCAGCUGGGAGCGCCCCCGCGAGUGCGACUGGUGGAGCUGGGGCCGGGCAGAGGCACCCUCAUGGCCGACCUGCUGCGUUCGUCCGCCAAGUUCACGCCGUUCAGCGGGGCGGUGGAGGUACAUCUGGUGGAGGUGAGCCCGGCUCUCAGGCGCCUGCAGUGGGCCGCCCUCAAAUGCUGCCCUGCAGACGCAAAAGAGGGGAGGGCGGAUGAUGGGGGGGCGCAGAGGGGGAGGGUAGAUGGUGGGGGAGCGGAGGAGAGGAAGGCAAGCAGUAGCGGAGGGGCAUCAGCAGGUGAAGCAGCAGUUGCAGCAGUAGGCGAGCUUGCGCCCCAAGGCUCACCAUCUGGAGCGGCACCAUCGCUACCACAAUCACCCUCCUCCUCAUCAUCGUCCUCCUCCUCCUCCUCCUCCUCCUCCUCCUCCUCCUCCUCCUCCUCCUCCUCCUCCUCCUCCUCCUCCUCCUCCUCCUCCUCCUCCUCCUCCUCCUCCUCAUCACCAUCGUCAUUACCAUCAUCACCAUCACCACGAUCACCACCAUCACCAUCACCAUCAACAGAAUCAGCGGCAGCAGAGGAGGCAUUCCCAGGGAAGGGAGUGUCGGGGCUGAGUGGCGCCGCAGUCACGUGGCACUCUGCUCUGGAGGACGUACCUGAGGGAGUGCCCACCAUCCUCAUCGCACAUGAGUUCUUUGACGCCCUGCCCGUGCACCAGUUCCAAAAAACGGAGAGAGGGUGGUGUGAGAAACUGGUUGAUGUGGCAGAACCGGACAAAGAAGGCCAUCCAUCUGAAGCCCAUUCCAACCUGAGCCAUUCACAAAAGGACACCAGUGGCCAUCCAUCUGCCGACUACCCUUUCCGUUUCAUCCUUUCCCCGGGGCCGACUGCGGCAAGCACUCUUUGUCUUCUUCCUCGCAUGCAUUGGGCCCCACUGGAGGAGCGGGCGGCAGCCGCCCACGUGGAAGUUUGUCCUAUAGCAGUGAAGAUUGCGCUGCAGAUCACGGAGAGGGUGGCGAGAGACGGUGGGGCGGCGCUGAUAGUGGAUUACGGGGAGGACAGAUUGAUAUCGGACAGCCUUCAGGCCAUACGCAAGCAUGAGUUUGUGAACGUGCUGGAUGCGCCCGGCACAGCUGAUCUGAGUGCCUAUGUGGACUUUGCCGCCCUCCGCCAAGCCGUCACUGACUCCAAGUUGCCCUCUCCAAAUUAUGUCCCCAUCACUCAGUCACAUGUGUUAAGCCUGUUUGAGGAAUCCGUUCAUGUUUUCUUUCAAAAGAGAAAUUUUGAAUCUUCUCCUCUCUCCCCUUUCGUGUCAUCUCUCUCCUUCGCAUUCCUCACAGUGCCAGCUCGAGCCUACGGCCCCAUCACCCAAUCACAACUACUGGGCCGGCUGGGCAUCAACUUUCGAGUGGAGGCACUGCUGCGAGUGGCAUCAGACAAGCAGGCGGAGGCUCUCAGGGACGGGUACUGGCGCCUCGUGGGGGACGGGGAACCCCCGUGGCUCGAUGAGGACGAUGAGAGCGAGGGCGUGGGGGGGGGGAGAGUGGAGAGGGAGGGGGAGAUGGGAGUGCGUGCGGCUGAUGAUGGGGCUUGUGAGGGUGAGAGUGAUUCUUCUGGGGAAGAUGGUGGUGGUAGCAGUGGCAAGAGGUCGUUUGUGGGCAUGGGAUCGAGGUACAAGGCUCUUGUGAUUGCGAGUGAGAAGCUAGGCGUGCCGGUUGGAUUCGAAUGA